CAGUCAGGUGUAAUCUUUAAACUCUCGGUUCUAUUUUACCGAGCAGUAUGAACGCCCCCGUCAUUCGCGAGGUAGGAUUACUAACAGGGGUAUUGGGAGAGUAUAUUUACAAGAUCAUAUGAUGAGAUCGAGUAGUAGGUGGCUAAUGUCCCGAUAGCACACUCUUUCGGAGGAAUCUAUGGAUUGUUGACGUUUACACCCCGGUCUUUAAGAUGUGACUUACACGUAAAGGGAUUUACAUCAGAAACUGGUUAUUUUAAAUUGACAGUACCCAUCGAGUACACCUGUGUCAUUUAAAGGCCUGCUCGAGUGACUACUAGGAAUCUUAGCUGGUGUCUCCUGCCACGACAGCAUGUUAUCCCAUGACCUUUCCGUGUUGAAGAAUAUUCCUGGAGGUUUUCACGUAUCAAACAUAACACCUGUUGGAACUAAGGACGAGUUUUCAAGUUUCCGUUUUUAUUAUUAAGGCUUACCGUGUGACAUAUACAAAGUCGUUUUUAAACUGCAGAUUUGUCACAUAUGACAGAACCGCAUACUUACGUAACAGCUUGCAAGCAGGCAAUGUAGAGUAAGAUCAAAAGAAAAUAAUUUUGUUUUGGAGAUCAGACUAUCUUACAUUUUGCCAGACUUUCUAGCUGUUACAUGUGGUGAUGCCACUGUUGGAUACUAUAACUAGGCUUUAGGUUAAGGAAUUGAGGCCAAAGGAAAAGAAGGGACUUUAGGUGAAAAUAUUUCGUGCGAGUAAGCAGCCCAACAUGCCGGAAAGGGAUUUCUUAACAAGGUCUUGGACAGUUUUGUCCUCGAGGAGAAAGCCAAGAAAGAUCCGAAUUCCGGAGGUCAAUACCUACUCUUCACAGUUCCAACAAUGCAAUAGUUUACACUCCCGACUUGGGCUACCGUUGAGAACCGACGUAGAAUCAAGGACAUCCCAUUUUCCUGACAUCUCAUCGUUUCCUAAUUUGACGUCAUCUCCUCAUUUUGCAAGGUCUGCGCCACCGAAUGCUUUCCGUGGGUUACAUGUAUCCGGUAGUCCCGCUGGUCAUCCAGCACGACCUGCGUGGCAGACGGAUCUUUCAAGUCCGGUAGAAAAAGUGGACACUGGUCAAGUUACACUUACCAGUCAAUCGUCGGCGGUGACUGUUGACACUGACCAUCACAUAGAGGACGAUAAUGAACACAGGCGGAAACGCCAGAUGACGCCGUUACAGUUAACAGAGCAUUUACGUCUUCGUGGAUACGGUGAGCCCCGGAUGUUGACAACGCUGAGUUCUGGUGCAAACCAAAAGUUUAAUUCUCCUAAUAGCAAGUCAAGAGUUCUUCCUAAAAGUCCAUCGAAACGAGAAAAAAUCAAAGGAAGGGCAAGACUUGACUACGAAAUGGCAAAUAUGAGAGCUGUUGCUUUUUGUGAACAACAAACUUCGAAAGUGUUCAGAACAGCAUCGGCGAAUAUGCGCAACAGGGACGUCCAAUUUGUUGAGGAUGAAAUGCGAGAGAAGAUGUACAAAGAGGAUGUGGACACGCAUGAUCAGACAGAAGGUAUAGUCGUGAUGGCGAUUGACAGGGAAGAUCUCUUCAAACGGGUGAAUACUUGGAUAGAAGAGGUGGAAUGUGCCUGGAACGAAGUCACGUGAAUUGCACACUUCCAGAACAGAGGAAUUGAAUCUAUUCACGACGCUAGAUGAGCAGAUAAUUCGUGACCAAAGUAUAAAAUGUAAUCAAGAAGGUGUUGAAUGGUUUGAUUGAUCAAAAUCCGCAAAUGACGUGUACGAAUUCUGAAAUACGUAUAUUUAUGUGAUUGUUUAAUAUCUGACGAUGUGCUCGGAUUGCCCACGAUGUUUCAGCGUAGUCAUCGAUUUCAGCAUUGAUUUUUGGUUUCUGAAUAUAAAGUUCGGUAAAUCGAUUUUCGUAUAUUCUAAUAAACUCGCCUGGUAUCAUCA